GUGCGCCUCAAGGGAGGUGGAGGGGGGAGUCGCGUCUCUGUGUUGAAGAAGCCUAGGAGGUGCGCGUCAGUUGGGUUGAGGUUGUCGCGUAAAUGUGGAGACGACCGGUAAGAAACUCAUUUUUGUGGAAAAGCAAAAGCUGAGGUACCUUUGGGCCGGCAAGCAAAAUGCCUCAGAAACGAUCUCUGUCAAAAUGCUCAAAUUCCUUCAAGAAUGUUAAUUAUUUGCCCCGGUCUAGAAAGGAUCGAAAUUUGAUUGUGAAGCGCAUUGCAGGCAACGGCCAAGGAAGGUUAUCGAGGCUGCUCGAAUCAAAAUGCAAGGAGCAGGAGCACAACAAGGAAAGUGGCUUGGUUUUGAGUGACCCAACUCUUUUAAAGCCAGCUGUCUCAAGUCCAUCUCCUCGCAGAGUGAUUAACACAUGUAGAGGCCUAAACAAGAUCAGCGUUCCCCCACCUUUAAAGCUUCGGAAGGUUAAUAAGAAAACAGUGCUUGAAAAGAGGGGGGAGAUACUGCAGAGAGUGGAAACAGAGUCACAGGAAGAAAACAGUGAGUUAAAAAUGCAAAAAGAAAUUCUGGAGGCUGAGCUCACAGCACUUGACCAGUUUUUGUACUGGCAGGAAUCAGAAAUAUUUGAUCUCGAAUGUGCAGUUGCUGAAGAAGAUCUCUAGAUGUGAACAGUUAUAAUAAAGCUCAGUGUGUAUGUGGUUGUGAGCUAUUCAAUAUGUGUUUGACUUCAUGAAGCAUUUAAUGUGGAAUGAAAGUUUCUGUUUUGGAUACAACUGGAGUGAAGAAACUGAUUCAAGUGCAGCUGGGAGUGUUGGGAAGUUAUAAUUUUCUUCUGGAUACAUGUGAAGCUAGUAGAAGGGAACGUUGUUUACAUAGUGAAUACAUUAGAAGUAAAGAAUCUGGUGUGUAUGUGGUCUAUUCAAUUGUUUAUUGCUUUGUGGAACUUUUAAAGUUAAACUUGGUUUGCAUGUUGAAUAUGUUCAGUGAGAGUAUUCGUGUUUCUUCGAGUGGCUGUGUGUGCAGUGAGUGUGUGUUUGCCCGCUAUGUUUUUUUAAACACCAUAUGAAGCUUGUAAAGUGGAAUUUGGUUUAUUUGUGUGAUAGUUUGGGUAAACAAAAGAAUACAAGUAAGUGCUAUGAGUGAGUGUUUGUGAGUGGUUUCUGUUCUUCUGUGCUAUUUUAUUUAUAUUUGGCCUCAUGAAACAUGUAAUGUGAAUUGCGGUUGUCAACUUUAAAAUAAAUUUUGCCUAUAACUUUAUUGUGUGUGUUGCGAGCUAUUCCUGUUUGUUAUUGUGACCUCAUGAUACAUGUAAUGUGAAUUGCGGUUUUUAACUUUAAAAUUAAUUUGGCCCAUUACUUUAUCACUGCAGUGUGUGUGUGUUGCGAGCUAUUCCUGUUUGUUAUUGUGACCUCAUGAAACAUGGAAUGUGGAGUGUGGUUCAUACUUUAUAUGUAUUCAUUAUUUAAAAUUGUUCUGAUGACAGAAUACGAUGAUGUACUAGAUUGUUUCUUCAAGAUUACUGUACAACUGAUUUUGCACUUUGUUUAUGCUGUCCCCAUGGAUCAAUAAAGGAAAUAUCUCUUGAUAAA